CCUCUUAAUAUAAUAAAGCUACACCCACACGUACACACCAUACUCAACACGGUUACACCAUCCACAUCAUUCACACAUCAUACUCCACACAUCUACACCAAUAUUCAUCCCACACACACCAACUCAUCAUCAUCUACACCACACCUUUCACACCACACUCGAGGACACCAAACACAAUUAACAAAAGGGACUGGCGGACGGCGCCAGCCUCUCUUUCGAUUACGAUCCGCGCGCAUAUCCACAUCGUUUUGCCAGUUCGUCGCUUCAACCUUUUCGGAAUCUUCCUAUUCGUCAUUUAUUCAACGGAUAGUAACAAUUUGUAUGUUUUUGGUGUUGGCGUCAACAUUAGUUUCGAGUCAGUCGCAAUGUGGCGUCUGUAUGGAUAAUUUCGCACUAUGCGUAAAUGAGACCAGCUACCAACUAUGCUAUGAAGCGACAACAUUGGCAACGGCUGAUCAAGAAAUCUACUCUUGCCCAGACAAUAAAUAUUGCACGGAUUCGGAAAAUAUAUGUGAGGCGUACCCUGAUGGUGUCAAUAUUAAAGCGGUUUGUGCAGGUCAGGAAGAUUCUACAGCAUGUAGCAGCACAUGUUCUGGCAAGACAAAUGGACAGCUUAUUUGUUUAAGUUCAACGCAAUUCGGUAUAUGUAGAGGUUCAACAACGUUGGUACCUACCAGUCCCCUCUCUUGUCCGACAGAUCAAGUAUGUAGUGAGGAAUUGGUUUCUGAAUUAAGCUUGAAGAAAGUAUGUGCGCCGCAAAGUGUGCUGGAUUACUUUGAAUUGAAAUCCACAUGUUCAAAAGAAAAUGCGGUAACUCAAGCCACCACUACAGCAUCAACAGUAUCAACAACACCAGUGAAUACAGUGGGUUUAUGCGAAAGCUCGGGCAAAACCGGAUCUUACUUCCAAAUAGAAAAUCCAGACAAUUGCCAAUCAUAUGUAUAUUGUCAACGUGAUGGCACCUCCUACAUAUCAAUGGUUCUGCAGUGUAAGGCCGGUCUGUUCUACAGCGUUGCGCAGAAUAAAUGCAUUACUGGUGUACAGUGCCCACAAUGAUUUAUCGAAGAGAUGAUUAUAAAGUGAACAAGCUUGAAGAAUACUAAUUUGAUUUUUUUGAACACAUUAGAUAAAUUUUUUAGUAAAUACACUUUUAAUAAAUAGCUUGUACACUCAUGCAUACCUAUGUAUAUACAUACA